GUUUUGUAAAGUUAUUUCCAUGUGAUGAAUGUUGGAGCACAUUGUGUAUAUAAACUCUUGUUGACUCAUCCUUUCCUAAAUCCCGCACAUAUAAUUAGAGAUUUCAAUAAUUGUUCGAAAUUUUUGUGCUUUGUGUAAAAAAAUGUCAAGAGUUCUUCAAUUAUAUCAACUGAAGUUUCAAACUUUCAAUUGCAAAACAGAAAAGGGGCAUUUUGUUGAUUGCCAUGAAAAUCCCUCCAAAGAAACCUCAUUUUAUCAAGCCCAUUCAGAAAGGUUUCAAGCAUGGUCUUACCAUACCUACGGAUUUCUUGAAGUAUCUGAAGGGACGAGAUCAAAUUGAACAUGUAGUACUGAGAAGUGGGGGCAAAAGUUGGCUGGUGAAGGUGAAAGGCUGCCGAUUCAAAGCGGGUUGGGCUGCAUUUGUAGAAGAACAUGAUCUGCAAUUGGGAGAUCUGUUGAUUUUCAGGCAUGAAGGAGAUAUGGAAUUUGAGGUUUCCAUCUUUGAUUCAAGUCAUUGUGACAGAGAGUAUGCAGAGUAUCUGCAGGAAGAAGAAGGAUGUGAUAAUGUUGAAGAGACUUCCAAGAAUUUUAAAUUCAAAGGCAAAUCGAAGCUCUGCAUCAUGUCAUCAAGCAAGGCAUUUACCCAUGCAGAUGCCGGUACGCACAACCCUUGCGGUCAAUCUCACUUUGAGUGCACUGUCAGUCGAUAUUGCAUUUCAAAUAGUUACUUGCAUCUUCCUAAACAAUUUGCAAUGGAAAACGGUCUCAUCAACAAGAAAUGUGGUCUGAUGAUCAGAGAUGAAAGACAAAGAUCAUGGAACUUAAGACUAGCUACAUAUAUUAGGUGGAUGGAGUGAGUUUCGCCUUGCAAAUGACUUAAAGGAGGGAGAUUGUAUGAUGUUUGAGGUUGUUGCUAAUGGAGAAAAACCAAUUUGGAAAUUUCACGGUAAG